UGUGAAUUGAUACGAUCGCGUUGUGCAUUUUACAAUAGUUUAAAAAUGAAUUUAUUGAAUAUAUUUUUACUGGCGUGCUCAAUGGCCGUGAGUGGCGCCCAGCGGCUGGGUGUCACCAGCGAAGUAGAAGGUCAACGGCGCGGUGGCGGUUAUGGAUUGCUGAGACCCGGGUAUAACUCAGGCUAUCAGCCCGGUUAUGGAGGUUACCAAAGUAACAUUGCAUAUCCGGGUCAAAAUAGUGGUUUUGGAGGUUAUGGCAAUGGUGGUUAUGGCGGCGCAGGUUACGGUGGUAGUUUCGGCAGUUAUGGUGGUAGCGGUUAUAACAACGGCGGUUAUGGUGGUUACCCAUACGGCAACUCUGGUUAUGGUGGCCAGAGUUAUCCAGGACUCGGAGGUGGUUAUCGCCCAAACUACAGACCUGGUUUUGACCGACCUGGUUAUUAUCCGGGUGGCAAUUUCGGAAUUGGCAACAUUGGUGGCAAUACAGGGUAUAACCGCCCCGGAUAUCAAUACAGGCCCGGUUACGACCGGCCGUUCCCGGGUAACUCUGGAAAUUACUUCGGAGGCUACAGUGAUGGGUAUAGCGACUCAUUUAGACGCCUGGGCAGGAAAGCUGCUGAGACGAAAACUGGGGAAACGAAACAAGAGGAAUAAUAUAUAAUAUGUUGAUGAUUUUUUUUUGUUAAAGAUCUGAAUUAGUA